AUGUUCACACUUCCGGGUGCAACAUCGCUUGCUGGCUUUUUGGCAAGCACGCUCUUCAUAGAAUCACAGGUGACAAGGUCCCACUCCAAUGAUGACUCCGAUGGCAAAUGUGAGUUAGUGGGAACCUUUUCCCUCAUUACUCAGGCAUUUUUAGGUCUCCUUUGCCUUCUGUCACUUCUCAUCAAGCGAUUCUAUGAGUAUCCAGUCAGAAGAAGCUGGCCAGUCUGGAUUUUUGAUGUUUCUAAACAGGUUAUUGGAGCUUUUGGUGUUCACGUCUUCAACGUUCUACUAUCGAUUAUCAAGACACUGCCAGAAGAUUUGGUCAAAGCGGUUGAGGACGACAGCGGAGAUCCUUGCGAUUGGUACUUCCUAAGCAUUGUGUUCGAUUGCACCAUUGGCGUGUACAUUCUUUAUCUAGUCUUCCGGUGCUUCAACUGGUUUUGCAAGACCCACCUCCACAUGACACAGAUCGACUCUGGUCAAUACGGUCCAGAUCCACACAAUCCUAGCAGACGGGCGUACAUCAAGCAGCUUGGUAUCUACUUCAGUGCGUUGAUGGCGACAAAGUUCAUCUUGUAUGGUCUUGUGGAGUGCUUCGAGACGCAACUCCUAUGGAUCACAAGCAAGAUUCUUCUUGCAUGGCUCGACGAGUAUCCCAAUGAAUUUGAGAUUUUCAUUGUGAUGUUCGUGGUGCCUAUCUUCAUGAACUGCUUGCAAUUGAUCUUGAUCGACAACUUCAUUCAAAAUCAGGUCAUUUAUAGAACCAACGCUCGGCGUCAUAGAGGUGACGGGGAGAUCGCCACCAGUGCUGACUUGGAGAGGGAAGGUGACAACCUUUUGCCAAAACGGUCACUUCAGGCAGAUCAAAACACUCGCUAUGGGUCUACAACUUAG